UGUGUCGCUGUCCAACGAAAUUUGACGUUUCAGUUUCAAUAGGAUGUGAAAGGAAUAUCUGUUAUUAGAUUUUUUUGCAGUUGAUUAAGAUUUCGUUGCAUUACCAAUGGCUCGAAAGAGGGGAAGAUUAAGUGAAGAGGAUUGUCCUGAACCUCAGAAUAUUGAAGUUGACGCUGAUGACAUUUUCCCUGCUGGAGACAUUCAUGAGGCACCAGAAGCUUUGGAUUUCCAUGUCGAAGAUCCUGGUUUUAGAGGGAUUAGACCUAAACGGAGGCGAGUCGCUGGUAGAGCUCGAGGUGGAACUCGUGGAAGAGGAGGACGAGGUGGGCGAAGAGCAGUUCAAGAUUCCCCAACUGAGGAUCCAAAUAGUUUAUUCGAAGUCGUCAAACAAGGCCGCAGUGCACUUCAGUGUGUUGUUGAUGAUUGGAUAGAGGCAUAUAAACAGGAUCGUGACAUUGCAUUGCUAGAUUUGAUGCAAUUUUUCAUACAAUGUGCUGGCUGCAAAGGACGCAUCACUCCACAAAUGCAAGCUACCAUGGAACACGCACAAAUAAUUAGAAAAAUGACAGAAGAAUUCGAAGAAGAAAGUGGUGAUUAUCCUCUAAUCAUGAGUGGCCCUCAGUGGAAGAAGUUCCGCACGAAUUUUUGUGAAUUUGUGCAAGUUAUGGUUCGUCAAUGUCAAUAUAGCAUUAUUUAUGAUCAAUAUCUCAUGGAUAACGUCAUUUCAUUGCUGACAGGGCUUUCAGAUUCGCAAGUUCGAGCGUUUCGCCACACGGCUACUCUUGCAGCCAUGAAAUUAAUGACGGCUUUAGUUGAUGUUGCAUUAAAUCUCAGCAUCAAUCUCGAUAAUACUCAGCGUCAGUAUGAAGCUGAGCGUCAAAAAAAUCGAGAUAAACGCGCAACCGAAAGACUUGAAAUGCUGCUUGGUAAACGCCAAGAGUUGGAAGAAAAUAUGGAGGAAAUUAAAAAUAUGUUAACAUACAUGUUUAAAAGUGUUUUUGUUCAUAGAUAUAGAGAUACUCUCCCUGAAAUCCGUUCAAUUUGUAUGUAUGAAAUAGGGCAGUGGAUGAAGAAGUUCCACCAGCAUUUUCUGGAUGACAGCUAUUUGAAGUAUAUUGGUUGGACAUUGCAUGAUAAAGUCGGUGACACAAGAUUAAAAUGCCUUCAAGCAUUAUUGCCUCUGUAUGGAGCUGAAGAAUUGACCAGCAAAAUGGAGUUGUUCACAAAUAAAUUCAAGGACAGAAUUGUAGCUAUGACUUUGGAUAAAGAGUAUGAAGUUGCUGUACAUGCUGUAAAAUUAGUCAUCAGCAUUCAUAAAUAUCAUCGGGAAAUUCUCAGCGAUAAAGACUGUGAACAUGUCUAUGAACUUGUGUAUUCAUCUCACAGAGCAGUUGCACAAGCAGCCGGCGAAUUUCUCAACGAACGUCUUUUCCAGCCGGAUGAGGAAGCGGUCCAGAAUUUGCGAACAAAACGUGGCAAAAAGAGAUCCAUCAACACUCCUCUCAUCAGGGACUUGGUGCAGUUUUUCAUUGAAAGUGAGCUUCAUGAGCAUGGGGCCUACCUUGUUGAUAGUUUGAUUGAAAGCAACCCUAUGAUGAAAGAUUGGGAGUGCAUGACAGAUUUGCUCCUGGAAGAACCCGGACCUCAAGAAGAGCCCCUCGAUGAUCGUCAAGAAACGUCUCUUAUCGAAAUUAUGGUUUGCUGCGUGAAACAAGCUGCUACUGGUGAGCCACCUGUUGGAAGAGGUCCUAACAGGAAACAACCAUCUGUAAAAGAAUUAAAGCAAGUGUCUGAUGAUCGCACAAAGCUCACUGAGCAUUUUAUCAUGACAUUGCCAAGUUUAUUAGCUAAAUUUCAACCAGAUGCUGAAAAAAUUGCCAACUUAAUGCUAAUUCCGCAAUAUUUCGAACUAGAAAUUUAUACAACGAGUCGUCAAGAAAAAAAUUUGGACGGCUUGUUAAAACUAAUCCAUGAGAUAGUUGAGCGUCAUAAUGAUACUGAUGUUUUAGAAGCUUGUGCUAAAACUUAUGAGUUUUUGUGCAAUGAAGAACUUGCAAUACAUUCAAGGUGUGCUGUUGCAAGAGGUACACUUGUUGAUAGCUUGGUGCACAAAUAUAAACAAGCUUCAAGUGAUUACAUGCAAGCUGGAGAAGAGGUGGAUGAAGAUGAAAUAUAUGUUGUAACAUCUGCAAUGAAGAAAGUAUCUAUAUUUUAUAGCUGUCACAAUUUAGGUCCUUGGGCUAUAUGGGACAAUAUUUAUGAUCUUUGGGUUAAAGGUGCAGUACAGGACAAAGGUUUGCCUGAAGAAGUUGUGAAGUAUGCUAUGUCCUGCUGUUCUAUGGGCAUCAUGUGGGAACUUGCAACUUUGGAUGACACAAGUCCAUUACCAGUAGCUGUUGCUAGUCUGCGCAACCGACUGAAAGAUUUCAUGGAGACGAUGAGAGAUUUGUUGAACCAUCCUACGGAUACACUAGAAGAAUCUGCAUUUGUUAUCAUUUGUGAUUUGUUAAUAGUCUUCUGCAAGCAGCUGGCUGAAAAUUCUGGUUUUGGGCCCUUAGUUUAUGAGCCUGAUAGAUCUUUGCAAUCUCAGUUGAGUACCUUUGUUCAGAAAAAGGUUUUCAUCGAAGAUGAUGAUGAUGACCAAGAUGAACACACAAAAAUUGAAGAGCUGCACAAGCGUCGUAACUUCCUUGCUUCCUUCUGUAAACUUGUGGUAUACAAUAUUAUUAGUGUGAAACAAGCUGCUGAUAUUUUUAAACACUAUGUCAGAUUCUACAAUGAUUAUGGGGACAUCAUCAAAGCAACUCUGGGAAAAGCACGAGAAAUCAACAAAGUGAAUUGUGCAAGAACAAUGGCCAUGUCCCUUACUUCAUUGUUCAUUGACUUGCGCCGGGCUGCAGCAUCAACGCAGAUUAAUCGUCAAGAUGAGAACUUUUUGGCUAUUAAAGAGUUGGCAAAAAGAUUUGCGCUUUCAUUUGGUUUAGAUCAGGUAAAAAACAGAGAUGCUGUGGCUGCGCUUCACAGGGAAGGAAUUUUAUUUGUAGUGAUGUCAACUGAUACUACUGCUGCUGCUCUGGGUCCUCCUCCAAAUCUCGCCUUCUUAGAAAUCCUUACCGAGUUCACUAACAAGCUCAUGAAGCAGGAUAAGAAGGUCGUACUAAAUUAUCUGGACCGACAUAUUCAGGCAAGUAUGCCUGGAACACGCUCAGAAGAUUGGCAACCCCUUAUCAUGUACCGUAACAGUCUUGUACAUGGAGAAGCCGAACAAGCCCCACCCAAAGCUCCAGGAAGACAAUAUCGAGGUAGGAAACGUCUAAGGGAAGAAGAUGAUCCCAGGACAAUAGAAGAAGAGCCCAAUAUCGACCAAGAUUCUGAUAGAGCUUCUGAGAACUAAAGUGGCAUGCUUUCUUAUUUGUAUUUUGUGUACUCAUUUUCAAAUGUUAUUUCAUUAGUUUCAUAAAGUUUAUGUCUUGUUUACUAUUUUCAAAUAAAAUAUUUGAUAAAAUUG